UAUGUAUUCCAACAGAAUAGUGAGAACAAAAGUAUCCUCAGACUUUCAAAAUACUUGUGUAAUAUCUCUUAAUCAAUUUUCUAGUCUUCUAGUUUUAAAAGAUAGUAAUUCCAUACAUAAACUGGAUCCAUUUCACCAUGCAGAAUUACAGCUGACAACUUUUGUACUGCUAAAACAUAUACACCUGCAUAAAGUUAAAAUGAUAAAGGAGUAUUUAUAUAUUAUAACACUAUAGCUUAAGAAGGUACAGAUAGAAGCAUUUAUUGCAGAAAUUGAAAAACUAAAUGAUGUUCUAAAAAAAAAAGUAAAUUUGAUUCAUGAUCUUACUGUUAAAUUAAAUACAAAUGAAGCACAUCUCUAAGAAAAGAGAGAUGAAUAAUAAAAUUUAAAAACUACAUAUUAACGUUAAAUAGAAGAGCAGUAAUAAAAAAUUGAAGAGUUGCUGUUAACGAAUCAAUAACUUAAGCAGACAAAUAUUUAAUAACAAUAAGAAUUAGAAAAUCUAUUUCUAUAGAUAGAAUAAUAUAAUAAAGAAUCUUAGAAACUUAAAGAAACUCUUAAAAAUUCAUAAACUAUAUAUAAUGAAGUAGAAGUGAAAUAAUUAAGAGUAGAAAUAAAUAAUUAAAAGUAAGAAAUCACUCGAUUAUAAAUUUAAAUUUUAGAGGAAAAAAAGGAGGCUAACUUAUUAAAAUUAUAAAAUGAAGAACUUAAUAAUUAAUCACAACUUAAACAUUUAGAAAAUUGUUUAAAUGAUUAAUAAAAUACAAUUGAUAAUUAAAAAUAAUGUAUUGCUCAAUUAAGAAAAACUAUUAAUUUACUAGAGUAGAAUAUAUCUGAUUAAUUUACAAGUGAAAAUUCUUAUAAUUAACUUGUUAAUGCUUUUAAUUCUUAUAAAGAAUAAUAAAAAGAAUCUGAAACUAAAUUACAUAAAUUAUUAAAGAGUAAGGAAUCAGAAAUUAUGGAUUUAAAAGAUAAUUUUUAAAGUUAAUAAGUCUAAUUAGAAUAGUCUAAUCUUUUGGUUAUAUCUUUAUAAAAUUAAAUUGAGAAAUUAAAAAAUAUGAUGAAACUUAAAAUAGAAGAUUUUGAUCUUAAAAAAUUUGAGAAUGAUUCAGUAUUUUAAUAACCACUUAAUUAACAUAAUAAAAAUCAAAGUAAAAAAAUAAGUAAAGAUCAUAUAGGAACUCCUUAGAAUCAUGCAUCAUAACAUUAAUAAAUAAAUUUUAUAGUAUUUCUUUAUUUGUUAUAAAUCUUAGAAAGAAUAAUGUAAACAUAUUCCAAUGUCAAGUUAAAAUUUUGAGAAAGAAUUAUCAAGUUAUAAAAAUAAAAUGAAUAGUCCAUCUAAUAUAAAAUUUAGAUAAGAAGUUAAAGAAGGAAUUUUUAAUAAAAAAAUAUGCUGA